ACAAUGGCUCCCUCUCAUGUAACUGCUAGGCCGCGAUUGGAUUCGUUAGCAUUGGCAGAUGAUCUAUCAAGAGCUUCAAACUCGACUUGGUCGCAAUUGGGAUCUGUGGCGUCGUCGGAGAAUUCAUCAGUACCGUUGGAGAUAAAUUCACCGUCGCCGAGGAAUGCAUCAGUACCGCUGCAGAUUAAUUCAACAACGUCGGGGAAUGCAUCGUCGCCGUCGAACACACCUGCAUUAUCACCACCAGCACCACCACCACCGUCUUCGUCGUCACCACCUCCGGAAAGUAAGGCUCCGCCGCCGAGAGUUUCAACGUCGCCACCUCCACCCUCCCCAUCUCCGCCACCACCUCUGUCUCGGGGAACUCCACCUUCGGACAGUGGCCGGAAUCCUCCACCCCCACCUCACUCCGGCGUCCCCUCUCGUCCUCCUCCUCCUCCGCGUUCUCCUUCCGGGGGGAAAACACCAAAGCCCCCGAAGUCUAGUGACAGCUCAUCAUCACCAUCGUCUUCGCCGCCGUCUUCAGUAGUGGGAGUGAUAAUAAUACGGUGAAAAUUGCAGCAGGUUUAGC